AUGGAUUCGAAUAUGAUAUCAGAAGAAAAUCUUGAAGAAUUCACUGUUAUCUGGCUCGAUUCUAAAUCGUAUUCAAUUGAUACGAAAGCUCGCUUACGUUGUAUCAUAAACUUUUUAAAGGUCUUCAAUAAUGUUGACGAUUGUUUCAAUUAUAUUUCAUCGGUUAAAAGUGAAAAAGUAUUUUUAAUCACAUCAGGCUUACUAAACGAAACAAUAGUGUCGUUAGUUCAUGAUCUACCUCAAUUACGAUUCAUUUAUAUUUUUUGUCAACAAAAAGGAAAAUAUGAGCUAUGUAGUAAACGUUAUAUAAAAAUUCAUGGUAUUUUCGAUGAUCAAGAAGCUCUCUAUUUAAUGUUAACACAAGAUGUUAAAAUAUGUUCGAAUACAACAUCAAUUUCAUUCUUUAAUAAAAAUGAAAAAUCAUUGCGUCAUUUGAAUGGUACCUUCUAUUGGUAUCAGUUAUUAAGAAAAACAUUAUUACAUAUGCCACAAACACAUAAUGCUAAACAAGAUCUGAUUGAUAUUGGUCGUAAGCAUUAUGCUGAUAAUGAUAAAGAAUUAAUGAUUAUUAACGAUUUUAAUGAGAAAUAUAAAAAAAAUGAAGCAAUUCGAUGGUAUACACGUGAUUCAUGUCUAUAUCGAUUAUUAAAUAAAGCAUUUCGAACAGAAAAUAUUGAUCUUAUAUUUAAAUUUCGAUUUUUUAUUAUUGAUCUUCAUAAACAGUUACAAAAUUUGUACAAAAAUUACAUUGAAUUAUUACGAUCAUACGAUCUCGAUUAUUUAACUGUUUAUCGUGGUCAACAAAUGUCAACGGAAGAAUUUCAAAAACUAAAAGAAAAUAUUGGUGAAUUAAUUUCCAUUAAUUCAUUUCUAUCUACUACAACUGACAGUGCGAUUGCAAUGAUCUAUGCUGGUAAUGAUGCUAAUCAUCCUGAUAUAGUUUCUGUUCUGUUUCAAAUAACAAUUGACUUGAAUAUGAUUGAUAAGAAUAGUGAGAGACCAUUUGCCGACGUAAAGGAACAUACCUAUUUUAUAUCUGAAGAUGAAAUAUUAUUUUCCAUGAGUACUAUUUUUCGUAUUGAAACCGUUGAAACAACAUCAGAUAAUAAUAUGUGGACCGUUAAAUUGACAUUCAUACACGAAGACAAUGCACCGAUGAAACAAUUAUAUAAUCAUUUUACAAUGCAAAAUAAUCAACACACAACAGAAGCUGAUUUAGGUCAUCUUCUAUUUCUCAUGGGUGAUUAUGAUAGAGCAAUUGAUUAUUGUAAACUUUUACUAAAUGAAAAUCACGAAUCUUCUUCAUUGAAUAUCGAUAUCGUUAUUGAGUGUUAUAAUAUAAUUGGUUUGGCAUAUUCUCAGAAAUCAUGCGAUGAACUAGCAUUACAAUAUUAUGAAGCAGCUUUUGAAACUCAAUUAAUUUAUGAUUCAUCGAAUACUACAUCAUUAUCAACAGCCUAUAAUAAUAUUGGUUUUAUAUACCGACGAUUCCAGUCACCUAAUUCAUUGGUUCGUAGAUAUUAUGAAGAAGCGUUUCAAUUACAAUUAGAUUCAUUAAACCCAAACUAUCCAUUAAUGGCAACAAUAUUAAAUAAUAUGGCAUCAUUGAUGGAUACUAUAGAAGAAUCAAUAGAAACUUAUUUAAAAGUAAUUGAAAUUCGAGAAGAAUACUUACCAUUAGCUCAUCCUUUAAUUGCCGCUACGUAUUCUUGUCUUGGUCAAGCCUAUUUAGAAAAGGGUGAUACUGAGAAAGCAUUAAAGUAUUUUGAACGUACAAUGGAUAGACAACAGCAAUAUCUACCAGGCAAUCAUCCUUCACAUAUAGGAUGCUAUACUUGUCUUGGUUUAUUAAAUUUAAGAUUAGGAGAUAAACAAAAAAUUCUUCAUUCGAAUGAUCAAUUAGCGCGAGACUACUAUAAACUAUCGUUGAAUUACUAUUCAAAAGGAUUGGAUGCAGCUUUAACUGACAUGAAUGGAAAUGACCGAGAAAUGACGUCAAUAUUAUAUAAUAAUAUGAGUGUUUCUUACAUUCGUCUCGAAGAAUAUCGAAAUGCAUUCGAACAUUUAACCAAAGCUAAAAUAUAUCAAUCUCAUAAAUAUAUUGGUUUAUGGCAUAGAAAUAUGGGACACAUAUGUGCAAAAGUUCACGACUAUGACGCUGCUUUAGACCAUUACAAGCAAGCACUAGUUCUUUACGAGAAAACAAAUGAAAUGCCCGAUUUUUCAAUUGAAGUAUUGUAUUACAAUUUAGGUGAAUUAUAUGACACAAAAAAAGAUUAUAUGAACGCAUUGAUUAAUUAUGAAAAAGCUUUAGAUAUUGCUUUAAUGAAACUACCACAUGACAAUAUAUAUGUGAUACAGUAUAAAAAGGCUAUUGAGAGAGUGAGAAGUACUAUGAUGGACAAAUAA